AUGCUCCGAGUGUCCCAGAGAUACCCCGAGUAUACCAGAGAUACCCCGAGUGUACCAGAGAUACCCCGAGUGUCCCAGAGAUACCCCGAGUGUCCCAGAGAUGCCCGAGUGCCCCAGAGAUGCCCGAGUGUCCCAGAGAUGCCCGAGUGCCCCAGAGAUACCCCGAGUGUCCCAGAGAUGCCCCAGAUAUGCCCCGAGUGGUCCAGAGAUGCCCCGAGUGUCACAGAGAUGCCCCGAGUGUCCCAGAGAUCCCCCGAGUGCCCCAGAGAUGCCCCGAGUGCCCCAGAGAUACCCCGAGUGUCCCAGAGAUGCCCCGAGUGUCCCAGAGAUGCCCCGAGUGCCCCAGAGAUACCCCGAGUGUCCCAGAGAUGCCCCGAGUGCCCCAGAGAUGCCCCGAGUGUCCCAGAGAUGCCCCGAGUGCCCCAGAGAUACCCCGAGUGUCCCAGAGAUGCCCCAAGUGCCCCAGAGAUACCCCGAGUGCCCCAGAGAUACCCCGAGUGUCCCAGAGAUGUCCCGAGUGCCCCAGAGAUGCCCCGAGUGUCCCAGAGAUGCCCCGAGUGUCCCAGAGAUGCCCCGAGUGUCCCAGAGAUGCCCCGAGUGUCCCAGAGAUACCCCGAGUGCCCCAGAGAUACCCCGAGUGUCCCAGAGAUGUCCCGAGUGCCCCAGAGAUGCCCCGAGUGUCCCAGAGAUGCCCCGAGUGUCCCAGAGAUGCCCCGAGUGUCCCAGAGAUGCCCCGAGUGUCCCAGAGAUACCCCGAGUGCCCCAGAGAUGCCCCGAGUGUCCCAGAGAUGCCCCGAGUGUCCCAGAGAUGCCCCGAGUGUCCCAGAGAUGCCCCGAGUGUCCCAGAGAUACCCCGAGUGUCCCAGAGAUGCCCUGAGUGCCCCAGAGAUGAUGCCCCGAGUGCCCCAGAGAUGCCCCGAGUGCCCCAGAGAUGCCUCAAGUGUCCCAGAGAUGCCCUAA